UGUGAGUGGUAUUGGGUGAACACAUACGUACGGGUGUGUACCCUUUAAGUUCAUUUUCCGUGUAUUUUGCUUCUUUGAAGUGAAGUUAAAACUAUGUUUCAAGUCCUACUUUGAUGCCCUUUGAUGUUCUUACAAUUGUUGUUGGCCCUGUCUAAUCUCAAAUUAAUGUCAAAAACUUUAAUAUGGAUGAGGAAGCGAGUAACCUUUCGACCUUUGACAUCUACAGUGACCUCCUGCUUGAGCAGCAGACUCCAGGAGUACAUGUAUCUGUUGACCAAUUGGAGAAAGCAAACGUUGAGAAUGAAGCCAAGGUUAAACAGCUCGACGAGCAGUUACAAAGUGUGCAACUAAAGUGUAAGACGUUGGAAGAGGAGAAUGUCAUACUCAAAAGAAACAUAUCAGAAUUAUUCAAGACAGCACAGGCAGAACUCAGGAGAAAGGACAGACAAAUGGAAGAGCUAGAAAAUAGGAGACCAAGAUACCAGCAGAAGCGGAAGGACUUCCAAUCUUCCAUCAAUGACAGACUUCGGAAUAUGAGAAACAAUUCAAGAGGCAACUUUAGUAGAAACUUGAGUGGCGGCGACCAUGAGAUAAACAUUGACAAUCAAGGACCUGGAGGUCAACGAGGAACUGAUAGUAGAAAUAUACCUGCAGGUAUUCAACAGGUGAAUCAUUCGGGACAGAAUGAGAGACCAGAUAAAACUAGUGCAGAGACUUUACUGGUCAGAUCCGAUCAACUAAGAAAUGGAGAAAGAGUAACCAACCACAGUGACAAUCAUUCUGAGGAGCAGCCCUUUGUGAAGGCAGAUGUGAUGAGGAAAUACUCUAAUGAUGGUCAUAGCAGGACUGGUAAGAGGCAAGGAAGACAAAGAGACAACAACCUACCAGUUAGAAAUUCUCGCAGGGAAGCAAGCCGCAGGAGCCCAAACAAAACCAAAGACUAUAGGGAAAGAACACAGCAUGAAACAUUGCCUCGACAGCGAUCUCCUGAACUCAAACAGUGGUCGGUUUGUAGUUCCUCUAAACACUCGAAGGAUUCUGUUGGAGAUAAUAAAAGGCACAGCCAAAGCCAUAGCCCACAUCGGAGUAAGUCUAAGGAACGUUCUAAAUCCAGGGGAAGGUCAAGGGGUUCUGAUCGAAGCUCUAAACGUUCAGAUUCCAGGGAGAGGAAGCCAGAACUAAUGAAGGCUGAUAAUGAGAAACAGAAAAAAAUGGUAAAAGAACAAAAGGAAAAAAGAAAAGAAUCACAUAGUACAGAUAAAUCCGAUGGGUUUUGGACCAGGAGGAAACGGAAACAUAGUUCAGGAAGAAAGCAAGAACUAAAGUCUAGCCAUAGAUCUUCCCUUGCUGCACCUCAUAAAAAGCUCAGAGGACAUGAUAAAGACAAACUUGAAGAAGCAUCAGACAAGAGAAGAUUUCAAUACAAUCAUGCAGAUGGUAAGAAAGUCAAUGAAGAAAACCCCAUCUCCGAAAACCUGAGGAGCCAUCGAACAAGUCACACUGUCAGCAACAGGUCAUCUGAAGAUUCAGUUUAUGAUGACCAACAUCGCAUGAGACAUAAGUCGGACAGGAAGAACAAGUCAUUGAAACGUGCUAAAGACACACUUCACAGAAAGCACAGCACUCCCAAAAAGCACAGAAGAGAGAAGAGAAGCAAGAGACUUGCCUCGUCAUCAAAGGCUUCCAGGAGCAAAGACAAAACCAAGGAGUUGAUUGUUGCUGGUGACGAAGACCUGGAUAACCAGGACUCAUCUGAUACGGAAUGGGUACCAAAAGAACCUGUUGAGUAUGAUGAGCCUCAAUGGAGAAAGAAUCUUAAAGCUGUCAUGGGAGAGAAGGAUGCACUCCAAGAUGAUUUGGGCAUUCCUGAAGAACAUCCUGCCCCGCAUGCAGCUUGCAUUGCAAGCCACGAUGUGCCAAUAAAUCAUGAUUUCGAACUGGAUGAAGAGAUUACAACAGACUCCUUCUAUGGAUGCAAGGAGCCUGAGAGUUCUGUCGAAGAAGAAAACAAUAUCAAUAUUGCUGAAAACAAGGGUAAAGAGAAUAAAAUCACAUCUAGUCAAGGUGGGAGAGACGAUCAAGAGGUUGUUGAUGGUCAGUUCAGUGCUGUAAUUCAUCAUGAUGAACAACAUGAGACCAAGCCAAGUCAAAUUCUUGGUACUUGCCAAAUAGAGAUUACCAGAAAUCAAUACAGUCUUCCAGUGUCACCUGUCAUACUGUCACCGUCUGAGAGCUGUGACCCCUCAUCAUCAGGAGAUCAAGUGUCGACUAGUCAGGUUAAUGAGAGAGGAGGUAGAAGGAACUCUUCAUCUUCCAAUGCGUCCCCAAUCACUGAAGGUAGAAUUGCUCCCAAUGAGGAAUCUGCUCAUGUAAAAGUUGAAACAGGUGAUGGUGAAACAGACAAACUUGUACCAGACAACUUUAAUAAAGAUCUGAACUGCCUCAAAUCAUCAAACAAUACUGUGUUAAUAUCGGAUGCCUUCCUUGAUGAGCACGUGGGAAAAAUAGAUGAGAGCAAAGUAGACCAUAAUGCACGAAAGGAAUCCAUUGAAGACUAUGACUCUAAGCGAAUUGCUCUUUCAUUAGAUGCAUGUUCCGAGUCAAAUGUUUCUACCAGCAGGAAAACAAACGACAGUUUUUCUGAAAAAAUAAUGGAUGUUUUUGGCAGCAACAGCUUCCUGCUGAGUGACAGCAGCAUGGAGGUGACUUUGCCAACAAUCUCUGAAACUCUAGAAUUGCCACUUCCAAAAACAUCGCAAUAUAACUCUGGUGACCCUUCAGUACAUAAAAAGACAUCAAAGAAACUAGAAAUUUUUUCGGAAGCGUUGAUGAACAUUUUCGGUAGUGACAGCUUCAUUGAAGGUGAUGAUAUGGAAACCAGUAAGGUAGCAGCAAUUAGCCUGACUGAUGAGGCCUCUGUUAGCAAACACAUCUCUGCUGACACUGCAGCUUCUCCCAAAGGCCUUCCUGGAAUGACAGAGAUGGACUGCUCUGUAGAUCAUGAAAUCAAGGCCGGAUGCAUUUUAGAAAACAUCCCUGAGCCCUACGAUACCGGCAGCCUCACUGGCGUUGAUGUUAAGUUUAGUAGCCAAACAUCACCCAUGUCAGCGCCGGUAACUGGUGAGCCAAUGAUUCAAUCUGAAGAUGCCAUGUUUGAAAAUCUCCGAAGCUCUCCUGCUAAAAAAGGGAAAAGUAAGGCGAAGAAUGAAAGGGCAGAUCCAGCUUCUGCAUCUACACGCGUUGUUGAUUUUAGGAGGAGUGGCAUUUUACGUAGACAAGGAAAGUCGUCCUUGUGUCAGUCGGAUGAACACAACAGUGAUGUAACUAUCAAACUUUUGACUAAGAAUGAUACACAAAUUAGUCAUCAAUUGGAAGAUGAAAUCAGGAGAGAUGCAGGCACUGAUUUGGCGAAAAGUACAGGGAAACACUUUGAAACUACCAAUGAAAAACCUGAAAAAAGAGCUGAAAUAGAAAAUGUUAAGAAGCUUAAAUUUGAAAAUCAAUUGAAAAAUCACUUGACUGAAGGAUCUCCAUCCACAUUGCUACGUGAAGAGCUAGACAAGACCCCUUGCCAAUCUGAACCAAAUGAACAAGCUGAUGUGGACACAAUUACUGGUAUGAGUACUGCACCCACUAUAACAUCAGAUAUCAGCAUCCCAGAUAAUGUACACGUGAAGUCCACGUUAAAAACAGAUUUCACUGAUGCUGUCCCUUCAUUGGCAGGUAACGAAGAUGGAGAGGUCAGUGAUUCUGACAAUGAGGGUUCACACAUGGAAUGUGUACAUGAAGCAGAUAUUUCCAUUGACCCUAGUGGUUAUGAUUUCCUCAGUUGUAGUGCCUCACCAGUUCAUGGAAACCUCUUGAUCGACUCUGACAACAGCGGUCAAAGUGACCAGGAAUAUCAGGCUGAUGACCAGGUUUCCAGCGGCCAACUUGCUGAUCAUCAUGUGGAUGACAAACAGUCAGAAAACUGUGACUUGUCAGAAGGAGAGAUUCCUAGUUCAGACUCGGAGACCUCAACCAAUGUGAUAAUCAAGAAGGAAGGACACCAGACGGCAGACAGAAAAUCAAAUCGGUCAAGCAGGUCAAGAAGAGAAGACAAACAGUCAUCAAGUCACAAAGUUACAGAUCGCAGCAGAGACAGAACAAGGAGAACGACCGUUGGAGACAAUCGGUCGAAAUUUAUUGAGCAGAAGAGGAGGAUCUUGGAGGAGAGGCAGCAAGCUCUUAAGAAUCCAAAGAGGCACUCUGAAUCAAAGUACGGAACUUCAAAUGAUGGAGAACGAGGAUCUCAUUCAUCCAUCAGGAGAAGAUUACCUUCAAGGGAAAGCCCUGAGAUAAGAAGAGUGAAGAAGACAACUGUUGAGACACGGACUAGACAGGAGGAUCGUAGGGAUGAGAAAAGAAGAGAUACUUUAGAUGAUGUUGCCAGGUCCAGAGGUAGCCACAGCAGCUCUCAUCCGAGCUCAAGAAGGCAGGUUAGUCAUGACAGACCAGGAAGUAAAGGGGACAGAAGAACAACGCAAUCAGCGGGGGAUUCUAAGAGAACAAGGAACAGCCGAACUAACAGAAGAUAACCUCUCACCACAAAUGACAUUUACAAGGAUCCUUUUCUUGGUAACUAUAGAUUGGAGAAAGUUGUAUUUGAGUUCUUUUGAUUACAUUGUUGUUUCAAAAUUUGGCAGGGUUUUCACGCAACAUUUGAAAACUUGAAAAACAAAAUUCCUAAAAGUUUAUCUUGCAUUCAAAAAUAAAUUUAACUGAUAUCAUUUAAAGCUUAGCUGUGUGCAAAAGUUCUAAAAUCUAAGCAAAAGUGGUGAUGUACCAUGGAAAGUGUGAAGUUAAAACAAUUUUUCAGCCAAUCAGAGCUAGGUUUAUGACAGGUUACAUUUUUUCUUUGGCAAGUUUAUACACAUCAUUCAUUGGUUUUCUCCCCAUCCCCUUCUCCCCUCCCCCCCUCCUCCACAUUCUUCCACUCCCCCAGUCCCUUUUCCCUCUUUCUAUCAUGACGCAGUGUAUAAGUUUACAUCAGCUUUGACUUCCCCUUUAUUUAUGCAAUUAGGAAGUGUCUCAAAAGUCAAUUGAGACACUCUCUAAAUUGUUUGUUUUAAAAAAUUUCAUAAUUGAGUUUUCUGUUUAACCACAAUUGUUAUGAUUUGUGUUUGUUCACUUAUAAAGUUUGGUUUUGUGAAUUCAACAACAUUUAUCAGCCAAUCUACAAGCCUAUUUGCAUUGUUCGCUCGUUACCAAUCAUUCAUCUGACCCUGUGCCCGAUUUCAUAGAGCUGCUUACACUCUUAAUGUAAAAAGAGUGAAAAAUCACAAUGGGGGACAACUCUUUUUAGAGUGAAAGACAUGUAUAAAACUCAAUGCAUUCCAAUUUCACUCUGAGUGAUGCAAAUUGACUCUCAAAAGAGCGAAACCGACACCACUCGGACAAGAGGGUGCAAUUUUCACUCUUUUUACAUUAGUAUAAAAGUAAGCAGAAAUGAAUGCUUAACAAAUGUCUGCUUAGCAAAAAUAGUCAGGAACUGUGCACCAAACUUAGUAUAAUUUUGGUGCUUCAGCAGCUCAAUGAAAUUGGGCCCAGGUCAAAGGGAAAAAGCGUUUCCUUUAAAUCUUUUUUUUUUUCCCUUUUUCUGUGCAAUAAUUUCAUUGCGAUUGUUUACACAAUAAUCUCUUUUUUUGUAAUCAUGCAAACUCACUAAGAAGCAUGUCCCC